GCUCUGCCAAAAAUAAUGGCUUCCAGGGGAAAAUUCCUGACUAUGCAUGAGAUAUUAGGUAUAUUAGAAGAAGAUGAGAGCCAUGCAGACGUUUAUAUUGAGCCUAAUGAUCCCGGCAUAUUGACUGAUGAAGACUCUGCUGAUGAAGUGGAUAGUGAUAGUGGAUUGAUAGAUAAUUUGUCCGGCAGACAACUGACUGGUAAUGCUGAAGCUGUAUUCAAUGACGGACAAUGUACAACUGAAGAUGAUUGUGAAGAUCAACUGAGUGGCAAUGAUGAAGCUUUCUUCCACGACGAACGUAGUACUACUGAAGAUGAUGGAUGUUUUGGAGAAAUUCAUCUGUGACAAGAAAUGAAG